CACUGUCAUCACCACCACCGCCACCACCGUCACCACCACUGUCACCACCACCGUCACCACCAUCACCGCCGCCGCGAUGUUGCGCGACGUGGACGACCUCGAGUUCGAGGCGCCGUCGCACUGCGCCCUCGUCAUGUCCGGCCUGCGCGCCGAACGCUUCGACCCCAAGCUGAGCGACGUCGCCCUGGAGGCGGCGGGGCGCCGCUACCCGUGCCACCGCGCCGUGCUGGCGCUCUGCAGCCCCUUCUUCAGGGCCAUGUUCUGCGGAGAGUUCCGGGAAAGCUUCUCGGCAGUGGUGCCGCUUCCCCAGGCCGACCCGGCCGCCCUGGAGCAGCUGGUGGACUUCGCCUACACGGGGAGGUUGACCAUCAACCAGGACAACGUGGAGACGCUGACCGCGCUGGCGGGACGCCUCCAGUUCUCGUCCGUGCGAGAGGUGUGCAGUCGCUACCUGCAGCAGCAGAUCUCGGCCGCGAACUGCCUGGGCAUCGGCCUGUUCGCCGAGGCCCACGCCUGCCCUGAGGUGGCGGCCAAGGCCGGGGCCUACGCCCUCAACAACUUCGGGGCGGUGGUGGCCGAGGAGGAGUUCGGGGAUCUGAGCUGCGACUCGCUGCUCCAGCUGCUGUCGGACCAGCGGCUGCAGGAUCGCGAGGACCCCGCGCUGCUGCUGGGCGCCGCCCUGAGCUGGGUGCGGAGGGACCCCGCGUGUCGCAGCCCCCACCUGGGGGCCCUGCUGGGCGCCGUGAGGCUCGGCGCCCAGCGGGGGGCCGGCCCCUCGUGCAGGGCGCUGCUCCAGGACCCCCUGCUGCAGGGGGACCCCUCCUGCAGGGCGCUCCUCGCCGACGUCGCAAUGGACUUCGACGACACGCAGGCCACCGACGCUGACCAGGGCGAGGGGCAUCACGCUGCUCCUCAGGGGGGCUGCCCCCCCCAGGACCGCGAGGUGCUGGUGGUGAUCGGGGGGCGAGCGCUGCAGGAGGACGAAGAGGAGGAAGAGGAGUGGGGGGACGCGGCGCCCUCCAGGAACGCCGCCUUCUACGAGCCCACUUCGCGAACUUGGCGUCUGCUGCCGGACUUCCCCGAGUACAACAAGUGGGGCUUCUCGGUGUGCGCCCUCAACAACAGCGUAUACGUCACAGGGGGGUCACGCGGCUCCAUGCAGGACAGCUGGUCGACCACGCACGUGUGGCGCCUGAACCCCUCCGUGCGGAUCUGGGAGCCUGCGACCCCGAUGCUCAAACCGCGCACGAACCACUGCACCGCGGCGCUCAACGGCGACCUCUACGCGAUAGGAGGUACGGCGUCGGGCGUGGUGGAGGCGGAGCGCUACGAACCGUACAGCGCCGUGUGGUCGCCGGUGCCGGCGCCGCCGCGCUUCGUCAGCAACUUCACGGCGAGCGGGUGCCGGGGCCGCCUCUACCUGGUGGGGUCGUGCGCCGCCAAGUACAACGCCCUCGCCCUACAGAGAUACAGCCCCAUCACGGACUGCUGGAGCGUGGUGGCAUCACCCUUCAUCCCGCGGUACCUCUCCUCCCCGCGCUGCGUCACAAUGGACGAUGUCAUCUACCUGCUGGCCGACAACACCAAGAAGACGUACCUGUACGACCCCGACGCCAACAUGUGGCGCAAGGUGCAGCUGAAGCACAGCCUGCACGAGAACGGGGGGCUGGCGGUGGUGGGGGGCCGUCUCUACGUGACGGGCGGCCACUGGCAGGGCCUCGAGGGCCUCUACCGCGUGCUCAUGGAGUCGUGCGAGGCGCGGCUCCGCGCGGCCACGUGGAGCCGCGAGGGGGCGCUGCCCCGCGCGUGGCUCUUCCACGACGCCUGCGCCGUCUUCGUCAACGUGGCCGCGUGGCCCCACGUGCUCCUACACGUGGGGCCCGAGCAGAGCGGCUGACGGCCGCGGUGGCUGGGGGG